AUGGCCGGCGCGAUCGCGGCGACGGUCACGACACCCUUCGACGUCGACGGCAGCCUGAACCUCUCGACGACGCAAGUGCUGCGUCGGCUCGUGCGGACGCAAGGCCCGGCGGCUGUCAUGACGGGGCUCAGCGCGCGCUUGGCCAAGAUCGUGCCCUCGUGUGCCAUCAUGAUUUCGAGCUACGAGGUCGGGAAGCGGUACCUUGGCCUUGACAACUGA